AUGGAGCCUACAUCAUACUCACUACAAGAUGUUGAAGAUAUCAUUCGCGCUUGUACGUAUCACAGAUAUGAAUUUGAUGAUCUUCUGGUUCGAACGCCAGACUCUAAGCUUCAAGCGCCAUUUUUGCAAAGUGUAUUCAACACACCACUAUCCUCGAGUCUCGGGACUCUAGAUUGCUUACCCAAAGAGCUGAUGGUCAUGGUACUUCGGGAAUUGGACAUUGUUUCAUAUCUUAGGUUUCGCGCUGUUAACAACCGAGCGCGAGCUUUGGCAACGGAUAGCCGUGAAUACAGCCAAGUUGUGACACACGGAUUAGCGGGGUUCAAAACGCUGCUCAGAGUACAGACGGCAGAACUCUUCACCAUACGAGGCUACUACCAAGCCCUUAUCAGUCCCUUAUGCUCGAUGUGCACAUCAUUUGGGACCUUCAUGUCUCUUAUGACAUGUGAGCGCUUCUGCUUUACAUGCUUGGAGAUCUCAGUGGAUCUUCGUGUUUUGGCCAUACCGGCCCCGAAAAGCUACUGCAGGGCAAUCAAUGUAUCGAGACGGGACAUUGAGCGAGUAUUGGAGCCCAGAUUUCGGGUCGUAUAUGGAAAGUACUCGUUAGUGUCAUGGCCUAAAGUCAGGAAGCCAAGAUAUCUGGUUUCUGUCAACGAUGUGUUCCGAAAACUACCUUUGCUUGGUCCCGAUGAGUCCAUUAACUACUGGAACAUGGGCCGGUUGCCAGAGCACCAAUCUCACAUGGAUGUAUAUCACCAUCACUGUUAUCGAUAUAUGGCCAGUACUGCAUUUCCAUGGUAUGACCCCAGUCGAAACAAACUCGAGAGUGGAGUGAGCUGCAAAGGAUGUAACUUUCGUGUUGAGCGGUAUGUUGCUGCAAAUCCUCACAGUGGUGCUCCGCCGUGGGGGUUCAACGACAGAGAUCGAAUUUACACAGAGAAAGGGUUUCUGGAACAUUUCAGGUCAUGUGAGCAUGCCAGGGAGGUAUGGGAAUCAGCUCGAGAGCGUCAGGUUAUCCCGGAGUCGAGAUUUACGCUGGAAGGCGGUACUGUCGUCAACCAGCGGUCGCGGCGCACACAGCACUGGUAG